UCCGUCACGUUCAAAUGGUAUGUGGACAGUCCGCGAAGCAACGAGCACGUCGUCGUCACGGUGAUCGCGAUGGGGGAUGGCAUCAACACCACCACCAUUAACGUCAUCGACUGCACCGAUGGUCUGGCUUUGCCUUGCUGGCAUCCCCUCGACGAUGUCACCCUCUUCGACAAAAUCGGCAGGGGUCUCGUCUACUUCUUCGCGAUGGCCUACCUCUUUAUCGGCGUCUCGAUCAUCUCCGACCGGUUCAUGGCCGCGAUCGAGGUCAUCACGUCCCAGGAAAAGGAAGUGGCCGUGAGGAAAUCGAACGGGGACAAUCAGAUCGUGGUGGUGCGGAUUUGGAACGAAACCGUCGCCAAUCUGACCCUGAUGGCAUUGGGUUCCAGCGCCCCCGAGAUCCUCCUCUCGGUGAUAGAGAUUUACGCCAGAGGAUUCACCGCCGGCGAACUGGGACCUAGCACGAUAGUGGGCUCCGCCGCUUACAAUCUGCUGGUGAUCAUCGCGAUAUGCGUGAGCGUCAUCCCGAACGGUGAGGUCCGCAAAAUCAAACAUCUGGGCGUGUUUUUCGUGACCGCCGCUUGGUCCGUGUUCGCCUACGUGUGGCUCUACCUCAUCCUCUGCUUUUUCUCGCCGGGCGUCGUCGAAAUCUGGGAAAGUCUUCUCACCUUCUUCUUCUUCCCGGCGACGGUGCUCACGGCCUACGGUGCCGACCGCAAAAUGUACAAGUACAUUAAGAAAGGGUACAGGAUGAACCGGCGCGGAGUCAUCGUCCAAGCGGAAGGCGUGGACAAUAUCGAAAUGGUCAACACCGAGUUGUUGGUGUUGGACGACGUCCACGAAGACAUCAAGCAGGAGUACAUCCAGACGUUGAAGGAGUUGAGGCAGACGCACCCUCACGCCGACAUCGGAGUGCUCGAGAAGAUGGCCCACGAGAUGGUACUGAAUCGCGGUCCAAAAUCGAGAGCGUUCUAUCGCAUACAAGCCACCAGGAAGCUGAUGGGAAGCGGGGAUCUGAUGCGUAGGAUUUCCGAGAGGGCCCAAAGCGAUUUGAGCGAAGUGAAGGCGGAACUUCAAAGGGAGAGUGGUAUAAACGAGUUCAGUCAAAGCGGGUCUCGCAUUUUCUUCGACCCGUCCAAGUAUACCGUUUUGGAGAGUUGCGGAUCGUUUGAGGUCAGGGUCGUGCGCACCGGCGACCUCGAUACGCCAUUGUCAGUGGAGUAUACGACCGAAGAUGGAACCGCCCAAUCGGGUAGCGAUUACGUGAAAGCCAGAGGAACGUUGCACUUUAAUCCAGGCGAGAAGGAGAGGCGGAUCACUUUGGAGGUGAUCGACGACGACGUGUUCGAACCGGACGAGCAUUUCUAUGUGAGGUUGUGCUCGAGCCAACCGGCCGGAUGUCUGGGCUCGCCCAUGUUGGCGACGGUGAUAAUUUUGGAUGACGAUCACGGUGGACUGUUCAAGUUCGAAGCGCAGAACCACGAGCUGGUCGAGAGUGUGGGCGCGUACGAGUUGAAAGUGGUUCGGUGUUCGGGCGCCAGAGGGCGGGUCAUCCUGCCGUACCAUACCGAAGACGGGACGGCCAAGGGCGGCAAGGAGUUCGAGCCCCAGCAGGGGGAGCUCGUGUUUGAGAACAACGAGUCGGAGAAAGUUAUAACGCUGACGAUAAUAGAAGAGGACAGCUACGAGAAAGACGUCCUGUUCUACGUCCAGCUAGGUGAACCGCAGAUGUCCGGUGACGAAGUAGCGAGCUUGGCGGCGGAAGCGGAGAAGAAACCGCCUGACGAAAGAUCGGAGAGGGAGAAAAUCGCCAUUAUGGGCAAACCAAGACUGGGUGAAAUAACUAGGGCACAAAUUAGGAUAAAAGAAAGUAAGGAGUUUAAGAAUACGGUGGACAAAUUGGUUCAGCGGGCGAACGCUUCCCUUCUUAUCGGGACGUCAUCGUGGAAAGAGCAGUUUAUCGAAGCGAUGACGGUAAGCGCGAGCGACGAGGACGAUCAAAAGGAACCGUCCAGCCUCGAUUACUUCAUGCACUUCCUCACCGUCUUCUGGAAAAUAUUGUUCGCCUUCGUUCCACCGACGGAUAUAUUCAAAGGAUAUCUGUGCUUCGUAGUUUCGAUUUUCUGCAUAGGUGUGGUCACCGCUAUCAUAGGAGACGUCGCCUCGCAUUUCGGUGCCACCUUAGGUAUAAGAGACGCCGUGACGGCAAUAGUUUUCGUAGCUCUGGGAACCAGUAUACCAGACACGUUCGCGAGCAAAGUCGCCGCCAUCCAUGACAAACACGCAGACGCGAGCGUGGGGAACGUCACGGGCAGCAACGCUGUCAACGUAUUCCUGGGAAUCGGCGUAGCGUGGUCCAUAGCGGCCAUAUAUCACGGCAUCCAGGGACGUCCAUUCAACGUUGAUCCCGGAAAUUUGGCGUUUUCCGUGACGAUUUUCUGCACGGAAGCGGCGGUCGCCAUCCUGAUCCUAGUCCUAAGAAGGUCGAAGGUGGUUGGCGGCGAACUAGGAGGGCCCACCUGCCUAAAAUACGCGACUUCCGCCCUACUAUUUUCCCUGUGGAUCCUGUAUCUGUUGUUGUCGACGUUGGAAGCUUACGGAAUAAUCAAAGGGUUUUAAUUACCGUUUACAUUUUGAGAAAAGUUUUAUAUAGGCUUAUAGUAAGUAGCGGAGCAACGAAGCUGCGUUUAUUAUUUACGCUUUAGGGAAAAUACUGAUGUAAAUACGCAGUUACACGUAAACUUUUAAUGGGUUGUAAAUAUUAUAGGUCGCUGAUUUUUUUUUUAUAUUUCGGUACGUUUUUGUAAUGAAAUAUUUGGAAUAAUACUUAUCAGACAGGCAAAUAGGUAAAGUGAGGAAAAUACAUGCCUAAUAUGGAGUACGGACCUCUUUGGAAACCACUGGGGCUAUAUGUUAUAUAUAUGACGACUCACCAGUAAUUUAUUCAUUUCAGUAGUAUGUCAUUGGAAUCGGACUUUAGGUCAAUUCUGUCUUCGUUAGUUAAAACGUCCUUUAUACCGAAUUAUUAAAACAUAAAUAAUCUCAUUUUUAUAAAAAUUUGUUGUGCAGUAGUUGUUUUGCAUGAUAAACAAUUUUUUUCCAUAAUAUAAGUAUGUAGAUUUAUAGCAAGUGAAUUAAAACGAAAAAACAGUUUCUUAUACCAGCAAAUCAUGGGCAUUUUUUAAGACCAUAGCCAACUACAAUUGUUAUAUGAAAGAAGAAAUUUGUAUUCAUUUAUGAAAAAUCUGAGUACGUCAUUGCAUUUGCCUCAAAAAAUGCCCUGAAACUUAUGAGCAAUUUUCCAAAAAGGCCCGAAAAUUGAAAAACGCCUUAUAUCUCGGAUGUACGGAUUUUGUUCUAUCUAUUUCAGAACUAUAACCAUCAACCACAUUUAUUAUUUACGUAUCCCCGUGUACGAGCCUAACAUUUGUUCGUAAUCAAUGAAUCUUCUUGUUUUAUCAGUCCGUACCGUUUAGAAACAUACUUUAGUUGGGAUUAUACCUCUAGUAAACAUGUUCUGCUGUUACAGUGAAAACUUUAUGGUAUUACUUUUGUGUUCGAUUUUCAAUUUUAUAUGCUUGCACUUUGGGAUGAACAAAAAGUAUUUUAUGCUAACACAAUAAUAUCCUAGGUAAUUUGAAUACGAUUUAUCAUCAUAACAACUCGUAAUAUGCACUCGCAUGUUGGCAAAGUCUGAAUUAAGAUUUUUAUUAUUCAUUAUCAUAUUUGGUCAUUAAGUUAUUUUUCAAAGGAAACUUCCACUUGCAAUCUAUUCUGUACCAGCUUAUACAUUGUUUGAGAGGAGCGCAGCAAAGGGGCGAACAACCUGAGUCGCCAAACAAUCAGUCAUCCGAGUCAAUAUUCACCCAUUUCCUUUAGCUCCGCUUCCCUCAAACAGUAUACAAGCACAUACAGAGCAGAAUGAGAGCCUGAUAAUUUGUAAAUAGUCUUAUUUGUUAUUGUUAUAAUUUUAUUCCGCAUUCAUGAACUUGGUUCUUUUGCAGCCCAGACAUUAUGUUGACUUUUACAACGUCGACGGUUCUUCUUCUUUAAACGUCAUACAGAGUGUUUCUCAAGAGUAUGGGGCAAGUGUAGAAGGUGAUUUAACAGUGUUUGUGCAAUAUAUUGGGAGUCAAAUUAAAAAUAAAUAGGUUAAAACAAUUAAUUGCAGUGACACCCCGCAAAAACCCCAUAAUCAAUGUUUAUGAUUUUUUAGCACUUCGAGAUUUAUAAACUUAAGAUGUACGAGCAAGAAAAAAAAAAGAAAAGAAAAGAAGCUUAUUUAGCAACUUGAAUUCAAAUAAAAAUACGCCAUUUAAAUGAGCAUAAUUUUAUAUUGAAUUUUUGAUAGUUAAAUUAGUUAGAUACAUAUUCAUAAAUAUUCAUAUAGUUGCCUUAAAUGUAUCAAUAUGUCAAUUCCAUCCAACAAGUUAUACCUUUAUUUCAGUUACAGUUCUAUAUUCAUAAAGUAAAUUUUUUUUAUAAUCUAUUUUGACCAUUCUACCAUUUGAAAACUUAUUUUUUGGGAGAUAGAAAAAUACAUGCAAACAAUAUAAAUAUUUUUCGGCUCAUCUUUUUAAUGAAACGCUGAUUUUUGAUCAUUUCCAACAAAUGCUUUUAAAAUUGGACUUUGCAGAGGUAGAUUAACAAUUAUGAAAAAAAUAAAUUUCUACCAUUGUUAAAGACCAGUGAUAACACAUUUGAUUAAGAAGAUAUGCCGAAGCAGAUAUUUAUAUUAUUCGCAUUAAUUUGUUCAACUCAAGCAAAUAAAAUACAGAACUACACUUAAUGUAAACAAAAUUACGGCACACAUUCUUUCCUAGCCUUAAACACAUUAAAAGUUUAAACAAAAGCAACUAGUUCAAGACUGUGUCGUGAUAUUUUUUGGUCUGUAUCUAGUUUUGUAAAAAUAUACCACGUAUUUGAUUAUGGUGCUGUAUCCAAGAAUCCAUAUACAUUACAUACAAAUAUUUUUUAUUAUUGUUGGUCAGCCCCCAGGGUUACAGCCUGCAGAAGAACUUGAAACCAUUAGGCGCAAAUUUCUCAAAAUUCGGAUUUCAGAUAUAUUUGGAAAAAAUCUCUACCCUCUGCAACAUACUUAAAAGAUGUAGGUAGUAAAUGUAGUAAUAAUAGUGUUCUCAAUACAUACUUUUCAAUCUUUUUAUAACGGUCUUUGGAGUCCCCAACUUUUCAAUCUGUCUCCUGUAUUUACUGUUGCGCAACUCUUACACCUUACAGCUGGAAAAACUGAACUGCACUGGGAGUACAUAUGACCAAACCAAACAGUACUUUCCCAUUAUAUUCUCUAAUGGAAAGUAUACAGUCGAAACUCUAUAUAGCGAAAUUGAAACGACUAUUUUUUUUCCUUACAAAGAGUUAUAGGCAAAAUAACAAUACGCAUAUGUGUUCUGUAAUAUUUAAUUAUUUUAUAUACAUAUUUUAAAAUGUACUUACAAAUAAUCGGUCAUUUUCUUUUGAAUUUUUUUAGUAUGCCAAUACGCAUCUCGUAGUUUGGCCUGUAUCAUUUAUUCGGGAGGGGCAUCUUCCCCAUGAUACAUAAAAAAUUAUCUAGCAGCUUAACUGAAUAAAGGGCGUGUUGGAUGGUGGUCCCAGAUCAAUUUCUUAAUCUUCUUCUUCCUCUUGGUGCUCUUCCUCAUCCUUCCUUGCUUCUUAUAAUAUGGCUUCCUCUGUCAAGUCUGCUGUUGUAGCCAAAUCCUGGUCUAUCACCAUCUUGAAACUGCUUUAUCCACUCGCAUAGUGGCUGAUCAUCUUCCAAGUCCUGUUCGCAUUCUGUCUAGGUAAUAAGUCCUGCAUGACGAUAGGAAUGUUGAAUUGUUUCUGUUGCUACCUCUUUCCAAGCUUUACUAAUAAACUUGACUGGAUCCAGCAUAUUAAUUGAAAAUUUAUCUUCGGGCUCCAUCAUUUCCAUUAAAAUGUGUUUCCUGUAUCGACUCUUAUCGGCUGCAAUUCGGUAGAUUUGGAAUAUUGGGAUGUGCAGGGCAGUUAUUCAGCAAAUGCUUGAUGUUCUUAAAACAUCGUGGGUUAGUUGAUUUUCCAAUCACGACUAGCUUUCUUUUUUCUCUCCCACUCAUAUUGGCAGCUACUAACACUGUUAUACGUUCUUUAGAAAGUUUUCCAUCCACACACCUUUCGCUUCGAAAUUUAAGAGUUUUAUCUGUCGUCAUUUUGUAAAAAAUACCAGUUUCGUUAGCAUUAAAAAUGUCGUCAGCAGGGUACUUUUCUGCUAGUUUUGGCCACGUCUUCUCCAGCUAUUCGUUAUCUGUCCAUAUUUUAUACCAUGUCUCUGACGUCCCCCAACCGUCCUUCAGAAGAAGCCUUGAAGUCGAUAAUGCCAAGCUGUUCAGCAAACUUUUCUGCUUUUAGUUUUACGAUGGGUCCAGAGAGUGGUACAUUUUUAAGACGUUUUUUACUAGAACUGCGUGCCGCUUCAGCCUGAAUGAUUUUUUCUUUGCACUUCCAAAUCGUGGAUACAGUCGACGGUGUAAGAGUUCUCAUUGUAUUUUAAAAGCAUUUUCAAAUUUAGGAUGUCAAACUUAUAUCUUCUAACAUUGAGAAUUUUCAUUGUUUCUCCUUCUAAAAUUAUAUAUCAUCAUUUUAAGGAGGUAACGCUAUCCAAAUAAAGAGAUAAUUUGAGAAUAAAAAAUUGAAACAUUUUAGAACAAUGAAAAAUAUAUCUUGAGAAUAGCUUCUAUUUAUUUUUCAAGCAUAUUGAAAUUCUUAAUUGAAACUGGUGUCCUUAACUUGAAAAUACUUAAAUAUUGAAGUUAUUCUACAAUUAAGAAUUUGUUUUUUGCCAAGAAAACUUUAAACUUUAAAAGAUUACUGCCUAAAGUUUCGUCCAUUCACUUGAGAAACACCCCAGACUCCAAAAACGCUUGGCUCUGACGCUUAUCACGAUUAGAGACAACGAGAGCAAAACCGACCAAAACAAUAUCAACUUUUUGUAUAGGUAGAUAGAAUAUACAGAAAUCGAAGACUCGCAUCGUUCUAGUUACACGUCCACUUGCUUUCCAUCGACAUGUGACAUAUUUCGCUACUUACUAAUCUAGCAAAACACUUUGAUAUAUCUACAUGUAAAAAUACAAUACCUAUAACCAAGUAAAAUUUGAAAAUGUGUGGUCCUUCGUGUAUAACAAUGUAACGUGUUUGUAUAUGAAUAGUCCCCCCUGCUUCCAUAGCGUUUAAGAAUAUUUUUAUAGUGCCGAAUGAAAUUUUACGAAUACGGUGGUUACGGUGUAUGUUUAUCGUUCGUUAUUGUUAUUGACUGCAUUGUUAUAAUCGUAAUUAGAUGGUGGCGAGAAAUAAACAAAAUGGCGUUCAUUGUUAGAUCAACUUGUUGUUUUACAUUUAAAUAUACAGGUUAAAGGCCUUAAUUCUAAAACAAAAUAGCGUAAUGUUACCUAUAUACGCGUGGUUGUUUAAUUGUAUUUGCCAUAGAUGGUGUUCCAUUUCCGAAUAUUUGUUUAAAAAUUUAACGCAAAAAAAUAAGCAACAAAAAAAAUUCUUUCAUUUUCAUGAUUUAUAAGAAAAAAUUCACAAUUAGCCAUCAAGGGGCCUCGGUGGCCUGGUGGUUUAGGGGGCGAAUCUGUAAUCUUAGAGAUUUUUAAUAUAAUGGUUCAUGAGAAUCAAUUUCAAAUUAAAUUAUUGUCCAUUUUUAUAAGAAAUGUGGACACCAUAAUUGUCAAUAGAUACGUAUUAAAGUAGUAGCCCUAAGCUAUCAGCAGUGUAGAAGUAAACCAACAGCAGGCCAAGUUGGGCCGUGAGUGCCACUGUUGUCAUGGCAACGGUAAAGUUUAUGUAGUCUAUUUACUGCGGGUUUCACUGUGUUAAAGACUUAUUUUUGCGAUAUUCUAUUUUUUAUUUCAUUUCUUAUUGUGUUGUUAUGGGCCCAGAGAAAGAAAACAAAAUGAGGUGUGUACAUUCCAAGAACUAUAGGCAAGUAUCACUGCAUUAGAAAACGUGCUAAACCUAAAAUAAGUUUUCAGCAGCUACGUUUCUUUCACGGGCGACUUUGAUUGGAUAUUGGGGUGACAAUAUUUGCUUUUGUCAAAUUUUUUAGACUAACAUUAAGGAAAUAUCUUCGAGUAAAAAUGCUUUGGGGUUUAAGGUGAUAAUAACCGACCUUUGGAUUUACAUUCGAGAAAUCUUUUCUUUAUCGGGCGAAAAAAAAACUAGCAGCGAUACUUUACAAAUAGUGCUGAUGAUUGAAUUAGUUUUAAAGUGGGAGAGGUGGACUUUUUGUCAAGUUUUGGGCUUAGCGUAUGCUUCAUAUUUCGCUAAGAAAACUCCUUUACAGCCCUAAGGACUUUUCCGGAUAUAAAAUUGAUAUAUAAAUAAUUGUUUUGUUCGUAAUAGAUAGUGACUUGUCUGGAGAAUACAUUGUGGGUGCCGUUGUUGUAAUUUUCCUGAAUAAACUAAUAAAAAAAUAAAAAAAUGCUAAUGGUAAUGCUCUAACAUAUGACCCAUGAAUUUGCACUAUUUUUUGUCACAUUUUACAAAUAAAAAAUUAUAGAUUUUAAACUAGUCAAAUUAGUUUCUCCGAACAAAUACGUGCCCCUUCAAGACCUAAGGUCGAAUCAAGAUGACCUAGGACGUUCCCUAUCGUGCCCUUGGGUCGAAGUAAGCUACCCUCUGUCUUACCUGUGUUCCGUCCCUUCGAGUCCAAUGUAUCUACCCCAUUCUCCACCUCUCUCAAUCUCUCCUCUCAACAAAAGAACGCCAAAAUUAAAAGACAAACGAAGAAAUUUUUUAAAAAAACCAUCAUGGCAACAGAUUUCUGUUAGUAGCAUUUUUUUCCUUCUAGGUACCUAACAGCAAAUUAUACUGGAAAUUUUUUGAUGUUUAUAAUGACUUUAUAAUGAUAUUCGAUUUACUAGUGCCAAAUGCAUAAUCUCCCGGAGAAUAUUUGGAAAUUAAAAAAAAUUAUUUGAUUUUCGAACAUAAUUUGGUGUGGAAUUUUCUUAUCGCAAUUGAUUCGGCCCAUAAAAUACAACAAUGAUAUUAACUAAUAACACAAAUUUUAAUUCAGAAACAAUUUUUAUUUAAGCAUAAUUAUGUUACAGUAAAAGACGAAUCUUGACUUGUUUUUCUUGAGUUUAUUACUAUAAAACUUAUUGUUGAAAUGUUUUUUUUUUUACUUUCAAUAGUAUUCCCUUCUUUUGUUUAAUCUACAGCUGAAAAAAUUAUAAUAAUUAUGAUUACUUUAUUAUCCAAAAAGCAAAAAGAAAAUGGAGCUUUUAAACUCGACCUUUUACACACGAAGAAAACGAGUGAAAAGGCAUUCGUGGACAUCAAUCUAAACAAUCAAUUAUUAUCAGAAAUAUAUGCUGUUAAUCUUUUUUUGUAACUUAUUAAGGAUAAGUGAUUUUAAAAAUUUCCAAGCAAUUUGUCGAUCAAUUUAGGAACUUUAUAUGAAAGAGAGCUUUGAAGUAAUGUAGAUUUAUGUCUAGAUCAAAGUGGCAACUGUACAUUAGUACUAUUAAAAAAGUACUUAGUUUUGCUGCUCUUAGUUGCUACUUGUUAAUUGAGUCAUAUAAACCGUUCAAAAAGUUCUAAGAUGUUAAUUAUAACGUUUUUUUCGAAAAUUCACCAUUAUCCCCAAAGGCCACUCAAACUAUUAGACAAAUUCUUCGAAAAUGGAACACAGUAUUUGUCGUUAUGGAAUAUAUAAAUAUAUACAUGUUUAUGAAUUGUGAGCAUGUCUAAUUAAAGUCAUUUCAAACUAAACGUAGAUAUAGAGCAACCGCAAAAUAAUUCCCCCCAGUACUAUACCAUGGCGGAUUAAAAUUUUGAAUCUAUCCUGUCUUUAACGUAGAGAUAUGAAAAGACUGUAAGAGAAUAUGCGGUAAUCAAAAGUAAAAAUGCAGACUUCGAGUGACGUGAGUAACGUUUCGUUGUUUAGGCAAUUUUAUUUUGUCAAAUAAUCGGCACACAUUAAAAUCCGAUUUAGAUUGAUUCUUUUCCAUCCGUGUGGAAAAACCACACUGGAAUGUUCUAAUCGAAAAACUAGCUGAUAUUUGAUUUAAAUCAUCGCAAAACGAGUGCUUUUUUUUUACUAAAUAAUGUAGACGUAGAUUUUAUAAUAUUUUAUUUGUACAAAAGCGACAGUGAUGAUGUUUUUUUUUUUGUUAAAUUAUAUAACGACGUUUAAAAUAUUAAUGUUAAUAAAGUAACUGGU